UGCACCAAGACAGUUGCAAUCAAUUGAAUACAACUCUUAAUCAACCAAAAACAAAAAACCAACAUUUCAAACAAACAAAAGAAUUCUCACAAAAAUUUUCAGAUUCAGACAAACAACAACAGCUGCCUUUACUUGCAGAAAUCAUAAGUUCUCUCCAUUAAAAUACCAGAAGAAAUUAUUUAGUAUCUUACUCUGUCAUCUGCCGCUCUCUGUUUCUUCAUUGGUUUGUUAAAACUGCAAGCUAUCUCUCUUUUCAUUGGCUCUUCAAUCUUCAAUCCAUGGAUUCACCUGAGAAAACAGACGGCGGCACCGCGACCGGUAUUCAGUUUGCAGCGGCAGAGAAACUUAUCUUAAGAUGGGAUUCAACAGUAUCAGAAGAAGCAAGAGAGCGUAUGAUAUUCGACGGCGACCGGCAAGAAGCGGAUCGGUAUUUAAACGCGGUGGAUGAGAUCCAGAGAUCAAUGGAAUCUACAGAUGUUUCUGUUGAUUCAAGUAAGAUUAAUGGUGCAAUACAAAUUGCUAUGGCACGUUUGGAAGACGAGUUUCGUAACAUUUUGAUCACUCAUACUAAUCCACUUGAAAUCGAAUCACUUAUCGAUACAAAUAACUCUGUUAUGGUUGGUCAUCAUUGUAGAAGUAUGAGUCAAUUCAAUGGCGAUGUCGAUUACUCUGAAGAUCAAGAACAUGAAAAUGGUGAGCAUCAUAGAGGUCGAACGAGUACGAGUUAUCGAACGACAAGCAGUAUAAAAGAGAUUGAUCUAAUCCCACAAGAACCCAUCGCCGAUCUUAGAAGUAUUGCAGAAAGAAUGAUUACGGCGGGUUACUUGCGGGAAUGCAUUCAAGUUUACGGCAGUGUCAGGAAAUCAGCUGUUGAUGCAAGUUUCCGGAGACUCGGGGUUGAGAAACUGAGUAUUGGUGAUGUGCAGAGAUUGGAAUGGGAUGAAUUAGAAGCCAAAAUCAAAAGAUGGAUUAAAGCCGCAAAAAUUUGUGUAAGAAUUCUUUUUGCCAGUGAGAAGAGAUUAUGUGAACAAAUCUUUGAAGAGCUGGGUACAAAUGCCGAUGACGCUUGUUUCAUGGAGACGGUGAAAGGUCCUGCCAUUCAGUUAUUCAAUUUCGCAGAAGCCAUUAGUAUCAGCCGAAGGUCUCCGGAGAAACUUUUCAAGAUUCUAGAUCUUCAUGAUGCUUUGUCAGACCUUUUGCCGGAUGUUGAUGCAGUUUUCAGAUCGAAAUCGUCUGAAUCUGUCCGAAUCCAAGCGACUGAGAUUCUUUCCCGGUUGGCCGAAGCUGCACGGGGAAUACUAUCGGAGUUUGAAAAUGCAGUUCAGCGGGAAACUACCAAGAUUCCGGUUCCGGGAGGUACAAUUCAUCCAUUAACCAGAUAUGUUAUGAAUUAUAUAAAUUUGAUUUCUGAUUAUAAACAGACUUUGAGUGAGUUAAUUGUUUCGAAACCAUCGAUGAAUGCCCGGUUCCCAAAUGGUGAUUAUAUGGGUGAUUUUGAAGACCCCGAACCCGAAAACGACACACCAUUAGCUCUACAUUUGAUUUGGAUCAUUAUGAUAUUGCAAUUCAACUUAGAAGGGAAAUCUAAGCUUUAUAAAGAUAAUUCAUUAGCUCAUUUAUUCAUCAUGAACAAUGUUCAUUACAUUGUUCAAAAAAUCCGAGGAUCUUCGGAACUUCAAGAAAUGAUCGGAGACGAUUUCUUGCGGAGGUUAACGCGUAAAUUCCGUCAAGCUGCAACAAGUUAUCAAAGGGCAACAUGGGUUGGCGUUCUGCAUUCAUUAAGAGAUGAAGGAUUACAUGUAAAAGGCGGGUUUUCGUCCGGGGUAUCGAAAUCUGCAUUAAGAGAUAGGUUUAAAACAUUCAAUGCAACAUUUGAAGAGACUCAUAGAGCUCAAGCAACAUGGUUAGUACCGGACCCUCAAUUACGCGAAGAGCUUCGUAUUUCUAUUGCAGAGAAGUUGUUACCGGCUUAUCGGUCUUUUCUGGGACGGUAUAGGAGUCAUAUAGAGAGUGGUAAACAUCCAGAGAUGUAUAUUAAGUUUUCAGUUGAUGAUCUUGAAGCUGCUGUUUUGGAUUUCUUUGAAGGUUAUCCUGUUUCAUCACUACAUAUGAGGAGAAGGUCUCAUUGAAAAUGAAAAUCAAAACAUAAAUUCAGAUUAUUAGACUGAAUUUUUCUUCUUCUUCUUCUUUUAUUCACAAGUUAGAAUUUCUUUAGGUGAUAUAUUCUUUAAAUUUUUGAGUAAGAAGUGCAUUUCUUGGAUGGUUUUGGUUCUUCAAGAGGAUUCGGGCGAAAAACGGUCUCUUUUGGAUAGAAGAUUAUUGUUCGGUAAUGUGCUUUGUACCCUGUAAGCAAAAUUGUUUUUUGUUUUGGUUGCUGCUUUGAGCUCGCUUCGUUUUUUUCGAUUAAAUUUGUUCAUAUAUCACAAGAAUUCUUGUUUA